UCUGAGAGAGCAGCCAACAGAAGUGUUGAGGUGAUAAAUUAGUUAAUAUUUGAUAAUGGGAGGAGGCAGGCAAAAGAAGUACUCAUCAUUUUCAGUGUUCAACAAGUUGUUCAAAUCAUCAUCAUCAUCAAGGCCUCGAGGAGAUCAUCAUCAGCAGCAACGGCAGGUGGAUGAUCCUGCAGAUCAGGCAACAAGUAGUGGUGGUGGUGGUGGUGGUGCUCGGAAGGUUUGGCCAAGCGAUGAAGACUACAAGGGACGGUGGGUGGCUGACCCCAACAUCAAUUUGAAAGCCACUGCUUUCAUCACAAAGUUCCAUGAAACCCGCGUCUCCGAAUCUGAGACCCAAAUCUAUCACCAGGCCCUCGACCCCUGAACAUCUAUUUCACCCAUCCGCAUUCCUCAUUACAUUUAAUUUAUUAUUUC